GAACAUUGAACCUAUUUUGCAGCGAAAAUACGGUGUGCAGGCUACAUGGUUUCGGGGCGGGUUCUGGGGGUUUUUAUGUUUAGUGUUGGGUUUUUGUGUGGAUAUUAUUUUCAUAUUCUUCACCUAAAGUACCUUCGUAAAAAGCAAAACUUCUUCCAGAACCGUCUCAAAGACGUUGAAAACAAACUCAAGAGUUACUAAGUAUCCAUCCUUUCAACUAGCUUAAAACAAUUGACUAUUACUCAUUUGCUGAUGUCCUCUCAAGUUAAGGAAGAUUUAUAUGGUGUAUCAUGGUCUAAUCCAGCAUGGAGUCACUUCCUUUGUUCAGCAAACGUUCUCGACUAUUUUUGUGACCUUUCCAAUCCCUUUUAUGAUAGGCAGUGUAAUAAUGAGGUUAUUCGUAUGCAAAGACUCCAUCCUGAGCAACUGUUGUGCAUGACAGGUGUUGAGUUCUAUCUUCAUCACGCUCAAGAACCCAUACUGUUCAUAAUACGAAAGCAGCAACGUUUAUCUCCAACUCAAGUCACUCCAUUGGCUUAUUACUAUGUGAUUAAUGGGACAGUACUUCAAGCGCCAGAUCUUUCUACUCUCCUGAACUCUCGUUUGUUGACAGCGAUUGUAGGGUUGAAGAAAGUAAUCCAGACAUUAGGUCCCUGUGCUCGGUAUCAUCCUUCAGACGGUUCCUAUUCCUGGGAUGACCCUAAUGUUUUGCUUGGAUAUAAUAAAGAACCAGAUCAAACUUAUACAAAAUCUCAGUCUACCUCAAAUACUGAAAGAGAUCUAUAUAAAAGUGCAAAUUUAUUUCAAGUUCAAAGAACAGAUACCCUACUUGCUGAUUGGAUGAAUCGUUUUCCUGUCCCAUCGGCAAGUUUUAUUCAAAAUCUAGCCAACUCAGGACAAACGUCAUCUGUACCGACAGUUACUUCUGCAGUUAACGCGAGUAGAGUCGUUUCUCUUACAUCAGCUCAAACUGUAAGAUAUUUCCAAGAAUCUAUUCACACAACUAAUGUAGUCAUUUAAUCUGUAUUUAUUCACGUUAUCAAAACGAUUGAAGAUUUAAGUCAGACUUUACUGAAAAAUUAUUAAUGAUCAUAGUCUAAAUCAUGAAGUGAUCUCAAAAUACCCACCAUAACCAGAAAGCACGGACAACUAUUUCGUAUUAUUUUUGAUGUUUGAACUACUUUAAUCUUUCGGUAGAAAGCAGAAACUUGGAUUAUAAUUCUUGUUUGGUGAUCACAAUAUUUCUAGUUUAUUUUGUUUAAUUUACACGCACUUUUACUAGCAUCUUCUGGGAAAGAAGAAAAUCUUCAGAACAGCUGCAAUUCUCCAGCUAAGUUACCUACACGGCUCCCUACAUUACCCGGUGUUUCUGUUGUCCCAGGACCAUCACCAAGCACUUCAACGCAGCCAUCACUGCUUGUAGACCGAAAACCUCGUGUUUAGCAUAUUUUUAGUUUCUUCAAUUGAUACUGUUAAAAGCUGUACAAAAAUAUGGUUUGGUAUAGCACCAUUUUAUAUUUCGAUAAGUUUAUUUGGCGAUCCAAUCAUGAUGUACUCUGAUGUCAUUUUUACUUAGUAAUGUAUUCAUAAAAUUAUUACUCUUCUUUUAUAUGUAAAUACAAAUUUUUCCUACU